UACAGAGCAUGGCCUCUCAGGGCUGCGCCAUCUUCCAGCAUGUCAGUGUGUUCACCAGCCCGGCAGCUCCCUGAAUCUUACUGUUCAAGUGUUUUUCUAACUCGAUGUGUAGCCCCCUUUCCCACCCUACAGGUGGGGUGUGGGUAGGGCUGGAAGUUCCCACCGUCUAAUCACAUGUUUGUCCUUUCUGGUGACCAGCCUCCAUCAUGAAGCUGUUUAGGAACCCUGCUAAGUCACCUCAUUAGCAUCAAGUCAGGUAUGGUGGGAAAAGGCUUGUUAUGAAUACCGAAAGAAUCCAACUGCAUAAUUCAGGAAAUUUCAAGAGUUUGAGGAGCUCUGCGCCAGGAACAGGGAAGAAGGACCACACUGUGAUGUACUCAGGUUCAGGAAGCCACGUGAGUGCGUAAAUGGAGCUGGGAUAGGUGACCGUCUCUCAGAUUAAGCUGGUUCCAUUUUGAAAGUUUCUCGAUUUUCCCUGUGUGUCAAAGAUUAUACUCUUGAUAUAUGAAUCACCAAAAUGAAGACUGUUUCUCCUGAAUAUUUCCCAUCAGUUUAUGAGCUUUAAGGCUCCUAUAGGACUAUCUAGAAGUUGUAGGAUCUCUCUCCUUCCCCUGCUUUAUUCCGGUUGAAGUUUUAUGUUUUUCUUCCAAAAAUCUUUAUUAUGUGGUAUUUGAUACAUUAAUUUAAUCAACACAUAUUUACUGAGGACCUAUGUGUCAGGACUAUUCUAGGUGUAAGGGAUACUUCAGUGACUAAAAUGGACUUCCAGCCCUUUUGGAGCUUAGAUUCUAGUUAGAGAAGGUAAGGUGGGGGUGGAGGUAGACAAUAACACAGUAAAGAAGGUAGAAGGUGACAUACUAUGGAAAAAACAGGACAGAGAAGGGGGAUUGGGAGCCUAGUGGUGGGAGCUGCAGUGUUAGAUGAGUGAUCGGGGUCAGCCUCAUUGAAAAGGUGAUAUUUAAAGAAAGAUUUGAAUACAGAGGGCUGUUAGCCAAGUGGCUGUCUAGGGGAUGAGUGUUCAAGGCAGAAGCAAGCGCAGCGGGUACCCUCACGUGGGGACUUAACUUGCCAUCUGGAGGAGUGGGAGAGAGCUCAGCGUGGAAGGACGCAGUGAGGUUGGAGAUGGGGCGAGGAGCCAGACGUGGGCUUGGUAAGCCUUCGCAGGACUUCGGCUUUCGCUCUCAGAGACCCAUAUUGUUCUGAACGGGGAUGGCCCGUGAUCUGAAUUACAUUUGAAAACCUCUGACUGCCUUGUUUAAAAUAGACUGGGGGCGGGGCAGAGUGGAGAGUGGGACACUUGCUAGGGAGCUGCUGCAGAGAUCCCGGGGAGGGAUGCUGGUGGCCUGGACUAGGGUGGCGGUGGCGGGCUCGUUGGGGACUGGUUGGCUUCUGGAUCUCUUGAUCGUGGAGCCGAUGUUGGCGUUCUCGUUUAUAGAUAUGUAUGACUUGGAACCUGCAUCUGAAUUAGGAGAAGAUUUAUUGAAACUUUACGUGAAACAUUGUUGCCCAGAUAUUGAUGUUCAUGUUGAUGGAAAAAACUUUAAAGCCCACAGAGCCAUUUUAAGUGCCAGAUCUAGUUACUUUGCUGCGAUGCUGAGUGGCUGUUGGGCUGAAAGCUCCCAGGAGCACAUUACUCUUCAAGGUAUAAGCCAUGUAGAAAUGAAUGUUAUGAUGCAUUUUAUGUAUGGAGGAACCUUGGACUUUCCAGACAAAGCUAAUGUUGGUCAGAUACUCAGUAUGGCUGAUAUGUAUGGACUAGAAGGAUUAAAAGAAGUAGCAAUCUAUAUUUUAAGAAGAGAUUACUGUAAUUUCUUUCAGAAGCCUGUUCCCAGAAGGUUGGCAUCUGUACUAGAAUGCCUGAUUAUUGCUCAUUCAGUUGGAGUGGAAAGUCUUUUUGCUGACUGCAUGAAGUGGAUUGUAAAGCAUUUUGCAAGAUUUUGGUCUGAGAGAAGCUUUGCAAGUGUACCUCCUGAGAUUCAGAAAAGUUGUCUUAAUAUGUUGAUUCAGUCCUUAAAUGAUAAGAAUGCUGCUUUUCUUCUGAUGGAAAGCGACAGGCUGAUCGGCAGUUUACCCAGAGUGAAGUGGACAGACGCAGCACUGGCUAUGGCAUCCCAGCUCCAGGAAGAGUGUAUUGCGUUUAUUACAGGAAACUUCCCCAAGAUCAUUCAGAGUGAAAAUUUUGCUGUUCUCUUACAGUCACAAGCAAUGAGUAGCACAGCUGAUCUGUUGGAAAAAAUUUUAAAAGCAAUUGAAGGAAACAUCACCACCGAGAAUAGCUGCUCUCUUCUUAUGGCUCUGGACACGUUACUGAGCUCUGACAGUACAAAGGAAAUGGGUUUUACGUGCAAGAUCCAGGCUCUGCGUGAUAAGCUGUGGAUCUUCCUGGUUCAGUCUUUCUAUGCUGUUCGUCACACAGAAAGCUGGAAGCUGAUGAGCACAGAUGAUCAACAGAAAAUCCAAGCAGCUGCAUUUGACAAAGGUGAUGAUCGAAGACUUGGCAAAAAGCCUGUAUUCAGCAGCUCUCAGCAAAGGAGACAAGUUUCUGACUCUGGCGUUGUAAAGAACAAACCCUGGAGAGGAAGUAACGAGAAGGGGUAUCGCAGUUAUCCCUCUACUGACCAGAAGAUGAAAUCUGACGGAUUAGGAGCAUCUGGACAUUCAUCAAGUACUCACAGAAAUUCUAUAAGCAAAACUUCAAAACAUGAUGAUUUAAAGGAAAAAGAUGGUACAAAAAUAGCACCUAAGAGCACAAAAGAAUCAAAAACUGUGGGGAAAAGUGCUGCUGGAAAGCCCAAAGCUACAAUAAGGCCCCAAACAGAAAAUGGUGAUAACGCAAAGUCAGCCAACAUGUCACCCAGACAAGCUGUAGAAAGACCUGCAACAGCAGCAGCGAACGGACAGAAGAAACCAGUCAAUGGAACAGGAGUGAGAAAUCAGGAAGGGCCGAUCACAGGUGCCAGGCCCAAGGCAGCUGCCGGAAACGCCAGCGUGCCAGCCAAAGCAAAGCCUCCGAAGAAAGCGACAGGCAAAGGUGCUCCAAGCCUCGGGCCUGCAGGACCCUCCGGCAGAUCUGCAAAUCCACGUGUGGAAUUACCGACUUCCACGGACUGUCUGGAUGAACCAAAAGCAAACGGAUCAAUAGAAGAGAAGCCUUCCGGCCACAGACUUCCCUUCUGCGAAGCUCCAGCACAGACAGCACAAAGCAGUGGAGAAGGUAGCACAACCUCCGCUGCAGCAGUAAAAUCUCAACCUGUUUCAAAAGUUACCAAUGGAACUUCCAAUAGAAAGAGCGUUCACGAACAAGAAACCAAUAUAACUAACAGUGUGUUAAAGAAGGUCACCAGCAAAGGAUGCAGUGACCCAGUGCCACAGGCACUUCUAAAGAAGAGAGGAAAUGGCAGUGGGUGUGCUGCUGCUCAGACGAGGACAAAGAACACCCCGCCCAAUCUUGCCAAAACUCAAGGCUCCCAAGGAGGAUCACUACAUUCAGUAAAAUCUUCGGUCUCUUCAAGGCAAUCUGAUGAAAAUGUGACAAAACUGGACCACAGUACAACUACAGAUAAACAAACACCUAAGAGAAAAAUUGUCAAGCAAGGACAAACAGCUGUGCCUAAAAUGAAUGCAAAAAUAGUAGCAAUGCCUAAAAACCCAAAUCAAUCUAAGAAAGGUGAAACUUCGAAUAAUAAAGAUUCAAAACAGAAAACACUCCCUGGACAGGUUAUAUUGAAGACUCAGCCUUCUUCUCAAAAACCUUUAAAAAGUGAACCAUCUGUUGUCCAAAGAAGUGUGCCUCGUGAUGUCCGUGGCGACAACAGCACAGGCACUGUUCCAGAACAGAAGCCUCAUGAACCUGCAAUGAAUCCCGCAGCCGACAUCAGUGGCACAGAAGCGUUUCCAUCAUGCAGACCCGACCCACAAAAGCCACUAAACAAGCAAGAAAAACAGAAGUUGGUGUUAGAAUGCCAAAAUACUUCAAAUCAGGAUAAGUCAAUGAAACAUGAACUGGAAUCAAAACAGAUUCCUUCAGAUAAAUGUGAAACAAAUUUUUCUGGUCACAAAGAAACAGAUCAUUGCAACACAGCUAAAAUGCAAUGUCAUUCUGAUGAGAGUGAUAAUGUAGAUCCAAAAUUACACAGCACCACUGCCCUAAAAUCCAUGAUUUCAAAACCAGAUGAAAACUCUUUGAACUCUAAUCCAGUUUAUGACUUAGACUCAACAAAUGUAGAGCAAAUUCAUUCAGUAUCAGAUAGGGAGAAGCAAGUAGGGAGAAAAGAUACAGACAAAAAACUGAACAUUAACUGUGGGGAAAGUAUUUUACCUUGUGUUCCCGAAAAGACAAAUGGUACCUUAAAUUCUGAUCAAGAUGACAGAAAAUCUAAAAUUCAUGCAGAAGAACAGACAACUCCUAGUCAGCUGUCUGAUGACUCUGACAUGACUGAAGGCAAACAUGCUACUGUGGACUCAAAUACUUCCUCCAGCUGUUUUUUGGAACAAAUACCAGGGAAAAAUUCUCCGAAAGAUAUGGAAACAACGGGAACUCCAGAGAACCAUGGAACUCCAGAAGCUCCAUUCAUGAGUCACUGGAAUUUGAGUGCCAGUGUUCUGCAUCAGAGGGAGAGUCCUGAAUCUGACACUGGCAGCGCUACAACAUCCUCUGAUGACAUAAAGCCCAGAUCUGAAGACUAUGAUGCAGGAGGGUCUCAGGAUGAUGAUGGGUCAAAUGACAGAGGUAUUUCUAAAUGUGGCACUGUGCUGUGCCAUGACUUCCUGGGAAGAAGUAGCAGUGACACCAGUACUCCUGAAGAAUUAAAAAUAUAUGAUAGUAACUUAAGAAUUGAAGUGAAAAUGAAAAAGCAAAGUAGUAAUGAUCUUUUCCAAGUUAAUUCGACAAGCGAGGAUGAGAUUCCUAGGAAAAAGCCGGAAAUUUGGUCUCGAUCUACAGUAGUUCAUCCUAGGGUAAGAGAAACCAUUCCACGAGGCAGUGUCCAGUUUGUUCAGGAGGGAGAUCAGGUUUCUUCCUCAGCAGAUGAAACAGAAGACGAAAGGUCUGAAGCUGAAAAUGUUGCAGAAACUUUCUCUACAUCUAACCCAGUGCCUCAGCAGUUUCAGGGAAUAAUUAAUUUAGCUUUUGAAGAUGCAACUGAAAAUGACAGUCACGAGUUUCGUGCAACUAAAACCUUUAAAAGGUCGGUUUUACUUUCCGUGGACGAAUGUGAAGAACUGGGAUCUGAUGAAGGGGAGGCCCCCGCUCCCCGUCGGCCUUCUGCGGAGUGCCUGUCACCUUCCGAUGUUUUUGAGAGCGAUUCUCAUGAACAUCAUGGAAGGACCUGCUAUUCCAGGCUCUCACAAGCAAGUGAAGGUAGUAUCUUAGAAUGUUCACAAGAUAAAAGCAAUAGUGUAUAUAAGAACAAAAGCUCUCCCAAGGGUCUUAGUAGCACUGACUCUUCAAGAAAAGAUAAGCAGAGUGCUUCAGCCACAGAGAAAAAGAGCACAACAAAUGUCCUGUCCAAAGGAGGCAGACAGCUUCCUCCAGAAUAUAAAAAAGUAAACAGUGGUAGCCAUGUGGAUAAUGACUUUCAGCCAUGCAGCAGACUUUCAGAGAGUGACGUAAAAUCUCAAGAAAGACCAUGUCAUCUGGAACUUCAUCAAAGAGAACCCAAUUCUGACAUACCAAAGAACAACUCUACAAAAUAUCUGGACUCCUGUCGGAGUCAGGUUCUGCCUCAGGAAGGUCAAGUGAAAGAGAGCCAUUCUGCAGCUACCGAAAAAGCUAAUGUUGCUUUAUCUGCAGGAGACAUAGAUGAUUGUGACACACUGGCACAAAUCUACAUGUAUGACCAUCGGCCUUCAAAAACCCUGUCUCCAAUAUAUGAGAUGGAUGUAACAGAAGCAUUUGAGCAGAAAAUGGAAUCAGAAACACACAUUACAGACGUGGAUUUUGAAGAUGAGCAACACUUUGCAAAGCAAGAUUGGACACUAUUAAAGCAACUGCUCUCUGAACAAGAUUCAAACUUAAAUAUUAUAAAUUCUGUUCCUGAAGACUUAAAUUUAGCACAGUAUCUAAUCAGUCAGACACUACUUUUAUCACGAGACAGCUCAAAACCUCAGGGUAAAGCGUAUGUUGACACUUUGAACAGAUGGAGCGAACUAACGUCUCCAUUCGAUGAGUCCUCAGCAAGCGCCACCAUGGCGAGUUUUUCCUCUGAAGAGUGCUCCCCCCGAGGGGAAUGGACAAUUCUGGAACUGGAAACUCAGCACUAAGCAUAUUAACACUUUGGAAAAUGUUAAACUCUACCAUGCCUUUAUUUUUUGAUGCUUAUAUUCAAAUGAUAAUUACAUUAGCCAGAGAUAGACUAUCCUUAAUAAUUGGAGUCUUUCCAGUUUAUUGAAGUAAACAUAGUUUGUUUAUUAAUAUGAUAUUAAAUGUAGAAAAAAGUGUUUUUCUAAAAAUUUUGAGCAUGUUUUCUAUAAUCAUUAGAGAAAUUAGAAGACUUGUAAGGAAACUUUUGCUUCAGUUUUUCCUUCCUAACUGAUCAUCUGUUUAACUUGUUUACCAGUCAAAAAUUUAAAAUGUGAAUGCACAAGUAAAACAGUCUCUUUACUUUUUGCUCUGCAUAUGGUAACAGUAAUUUAACAAUAAAACUUCCUGUGCUUGUGUCAAUUUA